UUUAACGGAGCGUUCGAGCGCUGUGACACGCGCAGCAGAGAGACUGAGAGAGACGAGGCGGCUUUUAAUCGUCCAGCCAUCCAAACUAAACUGCGAACAGGUCAAGCUUUCCCUUGCAGUAGGAGCUGAAGCCCGACGCCAGAGUAAUGGCGGUGCGGAGAGAAGGCGGUGAUGAUGCGGAUGUCGGUCGCCGCGGCGCGCGCGAGCUCUCUGUAAUAACGCGCGCGGAGCACUGAUUAUGCGCACGGGGCUGCGACCGCGCGUCCCAACAGUUCAUUCGCAUACUGAGAGAAAGACGGAGAGAAAGAGGCAACGCUGACCCCGGAACCCCUAACCUGAGGAUUUUUAAAGAUGGUUUUGGAGCCAUGGUUACAUGCUCAGUCCAGCUUGGCUGUUUGAUGUGACAUUCUAUAUCCUGUGAAGCUUAUACCCAGUUUUUGCUAGUGUGCGUGCCUGUGGCCGAGAGUGGGAGUGUACAAGCGAGCUUGUGUGAGCACUCUCACAUGGCCUCGAUGCAGGACGGGGUGAACUUCACUGCUCCCCCCUACGGCAAAGUGUUGCUGCUCGGGGCCAUCGCUGCUGCCUCGGCUUUCGUCGUCACCAUCCUGAUUGUCGUGCUAUGUGUGGGCUGCCACAGGAAGGGGAAGAGUCACAAUGGUACUGGUGAAGAGAGAAAGCACAGACUCAUGGACAUGAACAUAUUGCGGCAGUCAAAGCUGCGCUCCAUCAGUAAGUCAGACACCAAGCUCCAUGAGAUGAACAGACUCAACUGCAAUGGCAAAAAAUCCUCCAAGAAGAACCGUCCAGCCAGCAUGGACCUGCUCCUGCUGCCAAGCCGUCGCUCCAACUCCGACCUGCGAACUUCACAAGGCCGCCAGGUGCCACAGGUGCCCUCAGGAGAGGACGGAGAGCACACAUACGCCGAGGUGGGCCGCCGCUCCUCCCCCACUCGCUGUCCUGAGGCCGCGCUCAGGGGGCGGGCUGGAGAGACGGACACUCCUGCCCCCCCAGCUGUUCCUGCCAAUACCCCAGCACCACCCGAUCCAGAUGGGGACAGCCUGGAUGGCGGAAUUCCUGAGCCUGAGACCCUCCCUCAAGUAAUGAACCCUCCCGCGCAGCCCCCGGAAACUGCUGAGUAUGCGUGUAUCAGGAAGGUUCGCAAGGUUGACAAAGCUGCCCAGAAGAGGGAUAAUGGCACUGAAACGGAGGAGGGGCUUGGGCAGGCACAGCGGCACAGUAGUGGAGAGAUUCGGCAUGCUCCGCCCAGUCAUCCAGCUCCACCCCCACCACACCCACACAGUCAAAAGUUGCCACGCAAGAAUGUGGAGGCUUUCAAUCUUCCUUUCUUUCCAAAGGAGGCAGUGUUUAUUGGAAAUGGAGAGGAGUACAUAUGGAAACCUCCUGAAGACGAUGACAUCAUGUUCCAGCCCAAGCACAUAGGCCCUCUCAGCCCUCACAUGGGAGAAAACAUGGCAUCUGGGAUCUCAGAUAUGUACUCUAAAGUCUGCAAACCAGGCAAGAAGAAAAGAGGCAUGCCUGGCUCACCCACAGGUCCUAGGGAUAUUGGUGGUUAUCGGACCUUGGCCCGAGGUGAACGUGAUGGUGGCUUUAACGUGGUGGUGAAGCCACAGACAUGGGCGCCACAGGAGGCAAAAGGCUCAAGGAUGCCCCCUGGCUCAAUGGAAGAGCACUGCUAUGAAGCCAUUGGUGCAGAGGAGAGCGACAUGUCCUAUGAAGCUGCAGAGGUUGGCGGAGGUGGAGGUGGAGGAGGAGGAGGAUGGAAACGAGACAGGCCUCCACCCAAUGCCAGCGCCACUCUCCGGCCCAAGAAGAGAAAGCCACAGCAGCCACAGCACCAGCCACCUCCGCCACCUCCCCCUCCCCAGCAUACACCCAAGAUGCAGCACCUGCCUGCCAAAGCACUCUUGCUGCCGGGCGAGAACCUCUACGAGAGCAUCCCUGACCUGAAGCAGGGCUCAACCACAUCCAGUACCACUACCAUCUUCACUUUUAAUGACGGAAUGGAAAUGUAUGUCACUGGCCUGUAAGGGCUCAAACUUAAAUCUCAAACGGAAAGACCCCCCAUCUUAUAGUUGAGGGGGAAAGAGACUUGACAAGGCAACAACUCUUCCUGCACUCAUUCACACAUCGUGUUUACAUUUCAGCCCUUUGGUUCCUAAGUAGCCCCACACAUUGCCUUAGAGAAGCAGUCUGGAAAAGGGGGCUUAUCUUACAGGCAAUAUUAUGCUAAUGUUUUCAGUGAGGGAUGCUAUUGCAUCAUACAUCAGUUUGGUAAACACACAUUGCACUACCACUUCAUGUAAUACGGUGUAUCAGUAUUAAUUGCCUGUGGAUUGGGAUUUGAAAGUGUGUUGGGAAGAAAGUGAUAACACCAAGGAAAAGACUUAGGGAAAAUCUUAUCUCACUUAAUCACAUAUCCUUCAAGAGUAGCAGACAUCAAAAUUCACAAAUCACCAACAUAUCACCACAUAGGGGAAGCCUGUUUAAGGUAUACUCCAGAAUCCUGUUUUUGAUAGUACACUCACUUGUGCAUUAGUUUCCGUCUAAGUUUCCAUCGGAAUUGCGGGUUUCUUUUGUUUCAUUUUAUGUUCAUUCCAAAGCAAAGGACAAAAUGAGCACAACUGUACUGAGCAGAAAGAAUACUAAAAUGGCACAGAGUACUUAUACUCAAUGUUUUAGAAUAUAUUGACAGAGAAAAAUUAUGCAGUGGGAAAACAAGCCCCUUAUUUUAGUGACAAGCCAAUAGCAAAAUAUAACUAUUAAUGAAAGUCUGGCUAAGGCCACUAUUGUUAAACCUUGUAUUGUAGCUUGACAGUGAACAUAAAAAAUCCAUAAGUUAUUAUAAAGGUAUUUAUGGAUACAUCCACAAGCUUUGGGAAAAUAUGUGGCACUAUUUUUCUAGUGAUGAAGCCUCUAUUUCUUUAAGGGAAAUAAAUAUAAAAUAUAGAUAUAAAAACAGUAUUCCCAUUCACUGAAUCACAGAACUGCAUAUUGGUCUGCAUAUUCAAAAGCACAGAAUCAUAUAUUGCAAAUUUCCUCUUCCAGCACUUAAAUACAUUAUAGACUCCUUUUGAGAGUCCAUUUGAAAAAUGAGAGCUAAAUUGAAUUACAUAAUAAUUACAAUAGCAAUUAAAAAAGCGAUCCUAAAGAGAAUUAGCAAAAGCUCAGGGAAAGUGAAAAAUAUAUAAAGGUAAUUGAAUUAGUUGUACAUGGAACUAUUUUCCUCUAAGUGAAACAAAACAAAGAGUUUAGUGCAUAUUAGGCAUCGGACCUUGCCCUUCAGAAUGGUUUUUUAAAAGUUUUUGUUUUCAUAGUAUUAUCUUUUUUUUUCUUUUAGAUCAUAACAUAAACACCUAAAUGGCUGUGUAUGAAGUCACCACUGCCGUACAAUACAGUACAAUAAUGUUUUACGUUGUUAAUACUGUUAAUGCACUUUGCCUGAGAAAAAAGAUGCAUGUAUUAAAAAAAAACAUACAAAUGAAAAAAGGUGAUGAAAAAAAUCAAGUUAUCUGGUGU